UCAGAUUCGAGCAGUCCCUUCCACUUAAUUAAGUAUUGUGUGCUCUGCUACACAUCUUGUCCACUAACGACACGUCGCUCGAGUACCGAUUCAAUCUCCUUGUCGUAAGACUUGGUUACCACGGCGGUGCUCGAUGUGAAUAUCCUCGACUUGGGUCUCUCUCGUCCACGUGAUAAGGUUUGAGCAUACUCACGUGGAAGACGGGAUGAAUCUUCAAAGUGCUAGGUAGGUCAAGUUUGUAAGAUACUUUACCUAUCUUAGCCACAACGGGGAAGGGUCCUCCGUAACUCCGGAUAAGACCCCUGUGUAUGCCCCUCAACGACUUGAACUGUUGCGGUAGUAGCUUCACCAUGACUCGAUUACCUACUGCAAAGUCUCGACCUCGACGCUUGCCAUCGGCUCACUUCUUCAUACUCUUACGCACCUUCUCCACGUAGGAGCGGGCAAGGUCGGCAUGUUCCUCCCAAGUUUUGACCAUCUUGACAUCUCCCGGGCUCCUUUUGCUUUCCACGGAUGUCGUCAUGGCAUGGUGUGUGAGCGGUUGUUGACGGGUCACAAUCACGAAUGGGCUUCGACUCGUGGACUUGUUCAUUUGCACAUUGUAAGAGAAUUGAACGACGUCAAAAAACGUACAAAAACGAUAACGUAGCAAAUAAAGCACACAAAUGCAUACAUCCGUAGAAUCUUCCAUUUUGAUGUCUUUUGACUCCAUACUUGCCCUCUUUGUAAGGUUUGUUGAGUUUUGAGGGUUUUGAAUGUUGAGGUUUUUUGGGUUUAUGGAACAUGAGAAAGGUUUAUGUGAGUUUUGGAAGAUGGAGAAGAUACAAAUUUGAGCUUGUCGUUAAAUUUUUGUGGUUUUUUAGCUUAUGGUAUUGCAUAAAUUUUCAUUUUAUUUUUUAACAAGUAUGGCCGUAAUGGAUAUAUAGUAUUUAUCCAUUGAAAAUUUUAAUUUGGUCUUGCAUUUAAUGGAAUUAGUAUUGCAAACACCCGCGACCUUGAAAAAACCAGGGACUUAUAAAUUGACAAGAAGAGUUGUGGGCCAUAAAUGUGAAAUACAAUAUAGUACAUGGGUUUAAAAUUAAUUGUAAAAAAGAUCAAGGACCAUUGUAAAUUGACACGAAAAGUUGUGGGGCAUAAAUGUAAUAAUAGGGCAAAUACUAAAUGGUAGAUUAGUCAGAAAUCAUUCUGCACAACUUCUCCACCAUUUUGCAUAUAAUAAUACUUUUAAAUUACUGUCACUAAUCUUCCAUUAUUCUUUCUCGUCCAAUUCCUUUUCCAUUACUCAUUACAAAAAAAUAAAUAAAAUAAAGCUCAAAAAAUAAUUCAUCAAAUACUUUUUUCGCAUAUCAUUUUCAGCUCCCAAUCCACCAUUCAUCGUCUUUAUAUUUUCAGGUUAACGAGUUCUAAGCUCUAACCUCCGCCAAUUGUUUUUUUUUUUUUUUUAAAUUGAAAUUUAAGCCUCUAUUUCCAUAAUUUUGAGGCUUUUUUUUUUUUUUUUGGUUCCUCGGCCCCAAAAUUUGAUAAAACAAAAAAUUGAAGUGUGAAUUGUGAGCUAAUUUAGAAUUUGUUUCGUGUAAUAAAUUUGGCUCAGGGGCGUUUUUGUGUGAUUAUGGUGUUUUCGUGUGGGUGUUAUUGUUAAAAGGGAGAAAUUGUGUGGUAAUGAAUGGAUUAUGUACAAAUUGUUGGGGCUGAAUUAUUUUGAUGGAGAGCUGUGAUGGAGGAGAUGAUCAGGCUUCUGGAUGGAUGCAAGUCAAAAAGAAACACAGAAGCAAUUUGAAGUUCUCACUACAUGGUUGGGUUGAAGGUCUCACCGGAAAACAGAGGUCUAGAAAGCCGAACAAUCAGCGUUCGUUGGUUCAACAAUUAGGGAGUAGUAAAAAUGAAAUCCUACCUUUCAAUGCAAGUAAAGAAUGCGUCGUGCAUGAUGUUAGUAAUGCUAAAACCCCGACAUCUGUCUCUACUGAGACCAAGGCAGUUGACAGUUACCUAGAUAAAUGUGUUGUUAGUCAAGAUAAUGAAGACGCUGAUUCAUCUCAUUCGGCACCCACAAAUACCGUAGAUCCUAGAAACAAUUUAGUCGUCAAUAAUCAAGAAAAAACCCAGAUAGAUAUUAUCCUUCCGAAAAUCAAGUGGGGUGACUUGGAUGAGGGAACACUCAUACAUUACGGAAAAUCUCCUCAAGGUGUAUCUAAGUUUGAGGGAAACAAAAAUCACGAUAUUUUUUCUCCGAAGUCUGAGGAUGCCGGGGAACAUCUUUCAUGUGUUGUUGUUCCACUUGAUCCCGAGGAGAAUAAAUCUGUUGAGGCAGCAACUUACGAAGAUCGGGUUCUUUUGAAAUCUCAAUCUUUGUCUCCGAGGUCUAUUAUACCUGUUGAAGAAACCCCUAAAGAGGUUAAUGAAGUCACUUUAGAAGAUUUUAAAGAGCCAAUAACCGACGAAAAAAUAGUUAGUCAGAGAACUAGUAUUUCAGGUGAGCAAAUCGAGCGGGAAAAUGAGGAAAAAGAUAACCCAUCUCUGGAGAAUAUUGCAUGCACAGAUAACGAAGAGGAGGCAAUGACGACGUCAGCUAAUUCGUCAUGUGAAUCUGGUUUGCCCGAUAUUUCUGUAGCACCUCUUAUCGAUAAUUCUGACAUAUUACUACAAGAGAAUGAAGAACCUGGAACUAGUGGAGAAUCUAUAUUGGCUGAUUCAGUUGAAGAGUGUGGAAAUCAAGAAUGUAAAGAAGAUUCUGUUGAUUUACUGGACGCACAAACUGCAGAUGCUAUCGAUUCAGAUGCCACAGGUGAAAGCAAAGAAAGAUUUCGAGAACGGCUUUGGUGCUUUCUAUUUGAAAACCUUAAUAGGGCUGUAGACGAACUUUAUCUUCUAUGUGAACUUGAAUGCGAUCUUGAUCAAAUGAAAGAGGCAAGUCUUGUUCUUGAAGAAGCUGCGUCGGACUUUAGGGAACUGAAGUCUAGAAUCGAAAAGUUUGAGAAAUCGAAAAGGGCUUCCUCUCGUGGUGCUGAUGGGGCUCUAUUGAUGGUGCAGUCGGAUCAUCGCAGACCACAUGCCCUUUCAUGGGAGGUCCGUCGAAUGACUACUUCACCACAUAGAGCAGAGAUUCUGUCUUCAUCUCUUGAGGCUUUUAGAAAGAUACAACAAGAUAGAACUAGUGAACGUGCCAACAAUGCUGAGAAUCUGGAUAUCGGAACAAGGGAUAUUUUGGACUUGGAGAAUUAUGCUAAGAAAGAUAAUUCAGUGGGUGAUUCCAAAGAAUUAACGGUCAAUUCAAUGAAGCAUACUGGAGUCGUAGAUAUAUCUCAGAGCUCCACUAAAGAAAAGAGGAACCUUGACUCAGAUAAUUCACGUUCUUUGGCAUCUAAAUUACCCCAGAAAGAGGGUUCUGCUUUUGAGUCCGAGAAGUUCAUUCAUAAGAGAAACAAAAUCUUAGCAGAAGCCUCUACUGACAAAAAUGCGAAAUCAGUUGAAUCCUCGAGAAGGAAUAUUCCUUUUCCCGAAAGAGAAAGAGAAAAGAAAAUCGGUAUAUCAUCAAAGUCGAUGGAUGCUUGGAAAGAGAAGAGAGAUUGGGAGGACAUACUUGCUACUCCCCAUCGUGUGUCUUCCCGAUUCUCUUAUUCCCCUGGCAUGAACAGGAAGAGUGCCGAGCGAGUACGUGUUUUACAUGACAAACUUAUGUCACCUGAGAAGAAGAAGAAAUCUGCUGUCGAUGUUAAAAAAGAAGCAGAAGAAAAACAUGCUCGGGCCACAAGGAUCAGAACUCAACUCGAGCACGAGAGAGUUCAAAAGCUUCAACGAACAUCAGAGAAACUGAACCGUGUAAAUGAAUGGCAGAGUGUUCGAAGCAAUAAGUUGCGUGAGUCAAUGUUUGCUCGACAUCAGCGUGGUGAAUCCAGGCACGAAGCUCAUUUAGCCCAGGUUGUGAGAAGAGCUGGUGAUGAGAGCAGUAAAGUUAACGAGGUACGGUUUAUUACCUCGUUGAAUGAAGAGAACAAGAAGCAUAUAUUGCGUAAGAAACAUCAGGACUCCGAAUUGAGACGAGCGGAGAAACUUCAAGUUAUAAAAAUUAAACAGAAGGAGGACAUUGCUAGGGAAGAAGCUGUUUUGGAACGUAAAAGGCUCAUUGAAGCGGAGAAGUUGCAGCGCCUCGCAGAGACUCAGAGAAGAAAAGAAGAGGCUCAAGUGAGAAGGGAAGAAGAACGAAAAGCAUCGAGUGCAGCACGUGAGGCGAAGGCUAUGGAACAAAUUCGAAGGAAGGAGAUCCGAGCCAAAGCUCGGCAGGAGGAAGCUGAACUCUUGGCUCAGAAAUUAGCCGAAAGGCUCAGCGAAAGCGAACAGAGGCGGAAAUUUUAUCUAGAACAAAUACGAGAAAGAGCGUCGAUGGACUUUAGGGAUCAGUCUUCGCCUUUAUUGCGACGCUUUGCUGGCAAAGAAGGCCAAGCCCAAGGUAGAUUGAAUUCAAAUCCAUGCAGUAAUGGGGAUGAUAAUAAUCUCGGCAAUGAUAGUAGCUGUACAUCAGGCUCUGGUAUUUUAACCAGUGAGGCAUUGCAACAGUCGCUAAAGCGGAGGAUCAAGAAAAUCCGACAAAGACUUAUGUCCCUGAAACAUGAAUUUCCCGAGCCUUCAGGUGGACUCGAAAGUUCAAGUCUUGGGUAUAGGACCGCAGUGGGGACCGCGAGGGGUAAAAUCGGUAGGUGGCUUCAGGAUUUACAAAAACUUCGUCAAGCGAGAAAAGACGGUGCUGCUAAUUUUGGACUAAUAACUGCUGAGAUGAUCAAGUUCCUCGAGGGAAGGGAUGCCGAGUUGCAAGCUUCUCGACAAGCUGGUCUGCUCGAUUUUAUUGCUUCUGCAUUGCCAGCUUCUCACACAUCUAAACCGGACGCUUGCCAAGUUACAAUAUACCUUCUAAGGCUUCUGAGGGUCGUUUUGGGUACGCCAUCAAAUAAAUGCUAUUUUCUUGUACAGAAUCUUUUGCCUCCGAUCAUUCCAUUGUUGGCAGCAGCACUAGAGAACUAUAUCAAGAUGGCAGCAUCAGCAAAUAAUAUCCCUGGUCCAACGAAUAUUGCCUCAAUUAAAACCUCAACCGGAAAUAUGGAAUCAGUUUCCGAAAUUGUGGAUGGUUUUCUGUGGACCGUUGCAGCGAUUAUUGGUCAUGUAAGCUGUAACGAUUUCCAAAUCCAGAUGCAGGAUGGUUUGAUAGAGCUUGUUAUUGCGUACCAAAUCAUUCACCGGCUACGAGAUCUUUUCGCACUUUACGAUAGACCGCAGGUGGAAGGCUCGCCUUUCCCUUCGUCUAUUCUUCUUGGUAUUAAUUUAUUGACCGUUCUGACCUCCAAAUUCAGAGAAUCAUCUUCAAUAGAUUGGGAUUCUUUUCCUAAUGAUGUGAUGCAAGGAUAUAAAAUCGGCCCGUCAACUUCUGCCGAUUCAAGAUUCACUUCAUCUGAAUCUAGUCUAGAUGGUCGGCCCCUUUUGCCAGAUUUGCCAGAGGGAAGUCCACUAGAAGAUUUUCUGAGUAUUCAAGGAACUACCGACGCUCACAGUGUCGAGCAUACGGCUUCGAACAACCAGAUUGUAGAUGUUAUGGAUGAAUCACUUACAGCUCCAAAUGAAGAUGCGCAUCAUAGUUCUGUUACUCAGAAGGAUAGAAAUAACUCUCUAAGCAGUAAUGCAGAAUCAAACCGGGGAAAUGUAUCCGACUCGAAGCAGCCUGCGAAGUUUCUUCUUUCAGCAAUGUCCGAGACUGGAUUAGUUUGUCUUCCUUCCAUGUUAACUGCUGUGCUAUUGCAGGCCAAUAACCGAUUGUCUGCUGAACAGAGCUCGUACGUCCUUCCAUCUAAUUUUGAGGAAGUAGCAACCGGAGUUCUGAAGGUGUUAAACAAUCUCGCUCUAAUAGACGUAAUUUUCGUCCAGAAAAUGCUGGCGCGGCCAGACCUGAAAAUGGAGUUCUUUCACUUGAUGAGCUUUAUCCUUUCUCAUUGCACAAGCAACUGGGGAACUCCCACCGAUAAGAUCGGUACUCUCUUGUUCGAAUCUCUGUCACUUCUCGGUUAUUUUGCACUGUUCCAUACGGGGAAUCAAGCCGUCCUUCGCUGGGGAAAAAGCCCUACCAUCCUUCACAAGGUGUGCGAUUUGCCGUUCGUCUUCUUCAGCGAUCCAGAAUUAAUGCCGGUAUUGGCUGGCACAUUAGUAGCAGCCUCGUACGGGUGUGAACAGAACAAGGCUGUUAUUCAGCAAGAACUCAGCAUGGACAUGCUUAUACCCUCUCUUAAAUCCUGCAAAAUUCAGAACGGCUCUUCAAUCGAUGAUUUUAGUGAGAGAAAAGUUCCGACCGAUUUGUCGCAGAGGCUGAACAACAGCAGGAGUUAUUCGAAGAGCGGUUCUCGUGUAUUUCCUCAGAGAGGUGGUAAUAAUAAUAAUAAUAAUAAUAUCAGAAGUGUCAAGGCGAGAAACCAGAGAGAGAGCAAAGUGAUGAAGCUUAAUAACGGUGAUGAAAUGAAUAAUGCGCAGUCGGAAACUUCUUCUUCAACUUUGAUGUUGCACUGUAGAUUUCCCGUUAGCUUCAUUGGGAAAGCCGAACAGUUUUUCACAGCAGAGAAUAAUACGUGAAAUAGUUGAGUUGAGUUGGUUCGGUUUCCAACAACCUUUUUUCAGGUCGGAGAGAUGCUACGUCUCUUUAUUUGUUCCACAUAAUUUAAUUUCGUUUAUUGUAAGAAAAAAAAAACAUGUUUACUGAAAUGGAAGAAAUGUGUACAAUUAAAAGUGAAUGAGAAAUUAUAUUACGCGACGUUGUUUUUAACCUUGUAGACAAGAAGAACGUGCCUUCAAAAAGAACGCGCGUUAAGAGAAAGUUGAAGUUAUCUACACUCUUACAUUUGGAUUUGUAUGAUUUGAGGAUUUGAUGAGAGAAUUGGAGGGAAGAAUUUUAAACC